AAUCUAUAAACCGUGUGACAUGUUAAUACUCCAUGUUUGCGGUCAGAUAUACUAAUUAUGGAAAUGAUAUGUGGAACGAGGCAGUUCUUAUUGUUACAUAUUUUAUAUUCUUUGUUGCAUCAAGAUGUCGCUACUCGCUGUUUCGAAUGUCAGAAUAUUCCUUAUCCAAGGGCUUGCUCAAAACUUGUUGACUGCAAUUCGGACGAGCAUUGUUUCACAGAACAAUAUGUAACUACAAGUGGAAGUAUUGUUUAUAGCACUGGUUGCUUGCCCCGGCAGCGUUGUACUAUUGUUAGUGGCCAGAAUUUUGGAUCGACAUUUAGCAACAUUUCAGUUCGAAGUAACACCGAUAUUUCAACCUGUGUCGAAUGCUGUGCUGGUGAUUUUUGUAACAACCAGGGAUGUGGAACAAAAGCUGUACCGUUUGAUCAAAGAGGUCCAUAUUGUUUUCAUUGCGACGCCGUCCUGGACCCCACAGCAUGCAGCAACGCAGCUGUUUGUCUACAGAACGAAGUUUGUCUUUUGUAUUCUCCGAGCGACUUCGCUGGUCUGCCGGAAACUAUUUUUAGAAGUUCCUGCGCAAGGCAGUCGAAAUGUGACGAGCUACUUCGUACAGACGGAAGAACUGAUUGUACACCCUAUUGUUGCAAGACAGAUUUUUGUAACGACAAAUGUGGCAUUCUACGGAACUUAACAUCAACCUAUAUAAUACCAACACAUUCUUCUCCUAAAACAACCAAGGAAGUGUCCCCUACUUCCACUUCUUCUACUACUACUCCAACCACCACCACCACUGCUACUACUACUACAACAACGAAGAAACCAACUUGUACAGUCCCGCACCACAAUAAUCACAAUCAUUGCGAGGGUGACGGUUAUUUCUUAUUACGCACGGAUAAACACAGUACCCGUCUCUGCGUUCAUUUUGUGAAAAACCACAGCACCUGGGACGCCGCCCGAAAAAUAUGCAAACAUGAAGGGGGUGAUCUUGUUGUCCUUGACGAUCAUCAUAAAGCCAAUUUGAUUAGACACUAUCUCGAAAAGUCCAUUUACAAUCACUCGAGCUUUUGGAUAGGAGCACGUGAUUUCGAGGAAACCAGGCAAUUCUCCUGGGUAGACUGCAAGGAGCUGAUUAACACCAGGGCCGACUGGGACUCAACGCAACCGAGCUUUUCGAGUCAUGUCGCACGUGUUUGUGUAGGAAUUAACAAUCCUAAUUUCAAAUGGCACAAUAGAAAUUGUAGUAAUGUUAUAAAAUCUAUUUGUGAACGAAAAUUAUAUUGAUAUAAAACCUAUUUGUGAACGCAAAUUAUAUUGAUAUAAAAAAAAUCAUAACCCAAAAAUUGCGUAGUUUCAUUUGCAUGAACAUUUCACGUUAGUUAUUUCAAAUUAGUAAUUCAUUUACUUUCAUUGAAACAAAUUUAAAACAUAUCUAGCUAAAAAUAU